GCUCCCGUGGCGCUGCGCUCGAGUAUUCAGUCGCUCCGCACUUCACUCCGUCCCUCCUCCUCCUCUCUCGUAGACAGAACAAUUGGCUCCUAUCACAUUUUGCUGUCGAUUGAGCAAACCAACCUGUUACUCGUUUGCACAAAGGGUGUUGGCAUUUGACUGAACAAACAGGCUAUCCCACGGACAAAGAAGGUCGUUUCCUGGUUGCACGUUAUCAUCAUGGCUAUGGAUAAAAAUGUAGCUGUGCUUCUUCUGAUUGCUCUGGCAUCUGCUUUCUCAAGUGCGUCCGACUCAGAAGGGAAAGAGGAUCCUUUUACAUAUGAUUACCAUCGGCUGCGUGUUGGAGGGCUCAUAUUUGCUGGGGUUCUUUGUGCGGUUGGCAUAAUCAUUCUUCUCAGUGGACACUGCAGAUGCAAGUUCAAACAGAACAAAAGACAGAGAAACCGUAAUUCUCCACCAGGCCAGCAGCUGCUGUCUUCUCCUGCUCAUGCAAGUGAAUGUUGAGUAUAAGCAGAGGAACAGCAGAAAAGAACACCAUCAGCAUUUACUGUUACAGAAGGGGAACUCCAUACAGAUGGCAUCUGGAGUUUUGUUUUUUUCUUUUGUGGUAUUUGUAGUAAAAUACAAGGUAUUCUAAAUAAUUUAAUUGUUAAAACUGACUUUUUAAUUACUGUAUGUACUACUUUUGUUAUUAUAAUAAAAUGGUUUAGAUCAGUUUUAUAUUCAAGCA